CGUCCCCGUCGGGAGCGCGCACAGCUGCGUGAUGGCCGCAGCAGCAGCCGAGGACUCCCGGCUCCUGAUGGACUACGAGACCAAGAUCUUCCCCCACGCCGGCGCUUACGGCCGGUACAACCGGACCGUGGUCGUGUUCAGCUGGUUCCCCACCUUCGCCGCCAUGCUCAACCUGUUCAGCGACGUGUUCUACACUCUGAAGCCGGACACGUACCACUGCCAGCCGGACCCGGCGCUGCUGCCCGCAGCCUUCCUGCUCAGCAACUUCUCCCUGCAGGGAUACCUGAACCUCACCAUCCCCUGGGUCAGCGGGGCCGGGCUCAGCCACUGCGAGCUCUUCAAAUACCCCCCAAACACGUCCGACCUGUCGGGGAGGGGGCCCCGGGAGAGGGUGCCCUGCACCCGAGGGUGGGACUACUCCAGCGUGGCGGGGCUGACCAGCAACUUUGUCACCCAGUGGGACCUGGUCUGCCACCAAUACUGGAAAGUCCCUGUUCAGCAUAUCUGCUUCAUGACAGGAUGGAUUGUGGGAUACAUCUUUCUUGGUACAUUGUGUGACUGGCUGGGUCGACGGCGAAGCUUCCUCCUCUCCAUCAGUUUAUCCAGCCUGUUCGGGGUGGCCGUGUGUCUGUCCAGCAGCGUGGUGAUGUUCACGCUGCUCCGUCUGUGUCAGGGCUGCAUGCUGGCCGGUGUGUUCGUGUCCUCGUACAUAACCAGGCUGGAGCUGUGUGACCCUCCUCACCGUCUCAUGGUUGCGAUGGUCGGGGGCUUCUUCGUCAUGGCCGCGGAGGUGCUGCUGCCAGGCUUCGCCAUCUUGUGUCGUGAUUGGCCCAUUCUCCAGGCCGUGACUACUUUACCUCUGCUGCUGCUGCUCUCCUACUGGUGCUGUGGCUCCGUGUUUCCUGAGUCUCCGCGCUGGCUGAUGGCCACAGAUCAGAUUCCUCAGGCCAAGAGGAGCCUCCAGGAAUUUGCAGCCAGAAAUGGUGUUUCCUUGAAAGACGACAUCUACCCCGGUGAAACUCUGCUCGCAGAGAUGAAUUCAGCAUACAGAGAAGACUCUAAACCCAGAUAUUAUUCAGUCCUGGAGCUGCGUCGGACUCGUGUCAUCUGGAAGAACUGCCUAAUUCUCAGCUUCACUCUAUUCAUAGGAACAGGCAUCCAGUACUGUUUCACCAAAAACCUGCACAGUUACUCCACCAACUUCUACUUCAGCUACUUCCUGCGAGUGGUAACGGGAGCACUGGCCUGCAUCUUUAUCUGUCUGUCCGUCAAUCACUUUGGUCGACGGGGAAUCCUGUUGCUGUCUGCCAUCCUCACUGGACUGUCAUCACUGCUGCUGCUGGCCCUCACACGCUACCUGAAAGUGGGCCUGGUGUUGGUGCUCUCUGUCGUGGGGUUGCUGUUCUCCCAGGCUCUCGCCAUGCUCAGUACCUUCUUUGCCUGCGAGGUGAUGCCAACUGUGGUUCGUGGCGGCUGCCUCGGCCUGGUGCUGGCUGCGGGCUGCAUCGGCACGGCCGCCUCCUCCCUCAUGGAGCUCCAGGAUAAUGACGGCUACUUCCUGCACCACGUCAUCUUCGCCUCCUUCGCCGUUCUCUCUGUUCUCUGCAUUAUGCUCCUACCUGAGAGCAAACGCAAGUCCCUUCCGGACUCUCUGAAAGAUGGGGAAAGCCAGCGACGGCCGGCUCUGUUCUUGUCCCGGCCCGACAGGGACAACCUGCCUUUGUUGUGCACACGCUCUCCGUUGUCAGAAUACACCCCUGAUAACUAUUCCCGUCUGGUUUCUGCCACAAGGAAGAUGUUGACUAAAGACAGUUUGCCCUACAGGAUCGUUACACCAACUCUUCCCACGCUGCUGCUGUCAGACAGCGACUCGCAGGAGCAAGAGAAUGAGACACAGCAAGAGGUCACAUCAUAACGGUCUUUAUCCUUCUCUAUACAGGCUCAGAUUAUCCUUCCUCCUUUCAAAGAUACCUCCGACAGUGUGUGAUAAGCCGUCAUUUAAAUAUCAUCACCAGCUGUUCAUAAGUCAGCUGAGGGACUAACCUGAGCCAAAAUGCAGCGCACUUUAAAGCAAAGGCUCAAACUGUUUUCUACAACAGUCUCUUGUUCUGUUCUGCGUGUGUGCUUGUGCGUGUGCGUGCGUGCGUGUGUGCGUGCGUGUGUGCGUGCGUGUGUGCGUGCGUGUGUGCGUGCGUGUGUGUGUGUGUGUGUGGUGUUGUUUUUUUCCCCCAACACGGAUGCAGGUAAAGUGCCUUUGAAGCUUCAUCUUCAUUCACACUUUUGUAAAAGCGAAUACGGUUCCUGUGUAAUUGUAAGAUCUACUGUACUGUUUAUUCUUACGUGGGGCAUCCCCAUAAAUUAUAUCGGUGGUAACUUUGGCACUUAAAGUCACACUGCUCAAUUCUAGGGGGCGCUCGUGAUACGUCGCCAAACAAGUCCCACCAGAUUAAUUCUCAGUCAUGAGCAGCAGCCCCAUCCCGUGUCAGUGAUGAGGCCAUUUUCCUUCAGUCUGGUCCUCAGCAUCAGCAUCAGCGUUUCAGCGCUGCAGAACCAGAGGAUUUCCAGGAAAAAACACAAAGCUGCUUCAGACUGUUACUGUGAAGUUCACAGGAAGGUGCCAGGUGAUGCACCGUUGCUGGUAUUCUCCCAGAGAAAAUGUAUUUCAUUAGCAUUGAUGAUGGUUCUUUGUUCCACCAACAGGCCUUGUAAGUGCAAGCAUCCAACAAAAUACUGGCAUUAUGUGUGCUGAACGACAAAUGAGUUUGCUCUAAGGCUGAUGAGUUUCCAAUGCCAUGAAACACUCAGUUUACAUCCUAAAACUUUUAAAAAUGUUGAUGUUCUAGUUAAACCCUGAAAGAAGAUGAAUUAACAGACAUUUUAACCAAAAAAGAACAACAACUCGUACCACUGAAACCUGAAUGCUUCAGACUUUGAGGACCAACUGUUACCAAAGGGUGUUACAUAUUUAAUUUGUUUGAUGCUAAACAGCGAUGUUUGUUUACAUUUUUGUGGAGACCAGCAGUUUUAGGUCACCCUUAAGGCUGUUAAAAUACUAUAAAUUAAGAAGAAAAGAAUAAGACUUGUAAUAAUUAUGCUUAUGCACCGUACUUGUCAGAAUUGAUCAUUUUACCUUCAACGAACAAAGGUGCUUUUGUACUCAAGGUUCUGCAGUCUUAUACUUAUUAGGUAUACUUUUUUAUAUCUGCAGUAUCUGUUAUUGUCAAGUGAAAACCUUUUUAGAAAGAACUGUUGAGUUUAUUUGUCACCUCACAACAAAAUAGACACCUCCUUAUGUGGAAACUUGAAGCUUUUUUAGACACACAGUUGUUGUAGUACCCUGGUGAGAACACUAGAUGGAGCCUAACUCACAAAUAUUGAGCGUUUUUCUGUGACAAUGUCUGUGCUAAGAUUCAGGAGUAUUGCUUGUACAACGAUUACACGUAUGGGACUGUAUUAUUUUCUUUAUUUGACAAAGUAAAAAUCUGAGAACAACCUCUUACAGUACAAACCAUAUCAUCAUCUUUAAUAUUUGCCCACUGCAGUCUGCUUUAACUGUUUAUUGUUAAACAACAUUGUUGUAUUGGUGGAUGGAAACAGUCAUUGACUCUGGUUUGAAUAAACUAUGACAACUACUGUUCAAGUUCUUCAAGGUCAUUUUUAUGGUGAGUUACAUGUGCAAUUCAGUACAACUGAAAUAAAUCAUUUACACUUGACGGAAAAUCUUAAGGUUUUACAUUGUAUAUAAGGUUUAUGGAUCUUGCUAUCCAACAGCUGUACAGAUGACGCGUCUACUAAGGUGUUAAAGUGAAACCAGCCUGGAGAGCCAGCGCGAGCAGGAGGACCAGUGUGCUGAGGGAAUGGACGGCUCCAGCAUUUCUGUAACCAAAGCUCGUCCUGCAGGGGUUCUGCACCUCCUCAUACGGGAUAGGAACAUCAUCAGGGGGCCGGUUAUUCAAAGUUCCACUGACCUGAA